AUGAAGCUCCCUCGAGCUCCAUUACGGAGCUUUGAGCAUCGUCUGCCCCUCAGAGCUCGGUCGGUGAGGAACAUAUCAACAAUAUCUACUCCAACAAAGACGACAACAUGCCGAACUCUACCGUCAGAUGCCCCGGCCAGCCGCCGGGCGUAUGCCGUUGUCUCCGCCGCCGACCUCCGAUUCGGACAGCCAGUCUACGAAACACAUCCUCACAUCCUAAAACCAAACGAAAUCACACAAGGGAUCACGGCGCAAGAAUAUGCUGAUCGCCGAGCUCUCCUCGCACAGUCGAUGACAGAGGGCAGUAUUGCCGUUCUGCAUGCUGCAUCUCUCCAGUACAAGUCUGGUGCUGUCUUUCACCAAUAUCGACAAGAGUCCAACUUUCUAUACCUUACAGGAUGGAUGGAAGAAAAUGCCAUCGCGGUGAUUGAAAAGACUGGUCCUGAGUAUGGUGACUACAUAUUCCGUAUGUUUGUCAAGCCCAAGAAUGCCCGUGAGGAGCAAUGGAAUGGUUAUCGCAAUGGUGUGGAUGCUGCGAGAGAUAUCUUCAACGCCGAUGAAGCGUAUACGAUAAACGAGGCAGAGCAAUUGCUCCCCAAGAUUCUCAAAUCUGCCAAACUCAUAUAUGCAGACUCACCACCUUCAAAAGGUAGUGUUGCUUCGACAGCUACUUGGCUUUGGGGACUCAUCUCAGGGCGAGAAUCUCGACCAUCCAGAACACCGCUCUACUCCGUCAUGAACAAGCUUCGGGUGGUCAAGAGUGAAGCAGAAGUCGCUAACAUGCGUAUUGCUGGUCAAAUUUCAGGUCGUGUCAUCACAGAUGCAAUGCGCCGACCAUGGAAACGUGAGAAGGACUUGCAUUGGUUCCUUGACUACCAAUUCGCCGUCAAUGGCUGCGAAGGCCCGGCAUAUAUCCCCGUCGUAGCUGGCGGUGAGCGCGCAAACUGCAUUCACUACACGGUUAAUAACAGCACGUUCAAAGAGGACGAAUUCAUCCUCAUUGACGCCGGCGGUGAGUAUGGCACCUACAUCACCGACAUAUCCCGCACUUGGCCAGCUUCCGGCCGCUUUACCCCUGCUCAGCGCGACCUAUACCAGGCCGUCCUCAAUGUGCAGCGAUCUAGUGUGUCACUCUGCAGGGAAUCCUCCAAGCUCUCACUAGAGGACAUUCACAACGUUACCGCGCGGGGUCUUGUUGACCAACUGCGCGGCAUCGGGUUCAACGUCAACAUGGCCAACAUUGACCAGCUGUUUCCCCACCACGUUGGUCACUACAUCGGCCUUGACGUGCAUGACUGCCCUGGCUACAGCCGUCGCGAGACUCUUCGCAAGGGUCACUGCGUUACCAUAGAGCCGGGUGUUUACGUCCCCCAUGAUGACCGAUGGCCGGCCGCCUUCCGGGGUAUGGGCGUCCGAAUCGAGGACAGCGUAUGCGUAGACGACGACUCGCCCUACAUUCUGUCCACUGAGGCCGUCAAAGAGAUUGACGAUAUCGAGGCGCUGCGAUCAUGA